CAGCUACAAAGUGUACUACCACCCACACGACCGAAUCGCCCAAAGUUUACGUGCUCAUGUUUUGUCGCGUCCCAAUUCUGCCCUCCAUUUCCUAUCCUCUCCCUUCCCCAUUUCUUUAUACUCCCUAAUGUUUCCCACUCCUUACUGUAUCUCCCCAAUUCACGUUCCCGUCCACCGUCGCCGGAAUAUCCCUUCCGUUCAACUUCUGCGCUCCUCUCUUUCUCUCUCACUCUCCACUUCUUGACGUCCAUUUCCGCAAAAACCUUCUGCUUGUUGUGGGUGUGUCGAUUCUUUGUAACUUGAAGAUCCGAAUUUUGGGUUUUGAAAUUUUGGUCGAGUUCUCGCCGUUCCCCGAGAUGUCGGCGUCUUCCACGUACUGGUGCUACAGGUGCGAUAGGUUUGUGCGGGUUUGGAGCCAAUAUUCAGUGGCUUGCCCGGAUUGCGGCAGUGGGUUUAUCGAGGAAAUCGACACUCCUACCCGAUCUGUGGCACCCGAGUCUCGCCGGAGUCGAUUCUCAACGCAGAGCUCGAAUCAGAACGCCGGUUCGGGUUCCGAUUCCAGUCCACGCGUUCGUAGGAGCAGAAGGAACGGGGGUGACCGUUCGCAGUUCAACCCGGUUAUUGUGCUUCGCGGAUCCGCCGAUGGAAGGGGCGGGGGCGGGGGCGGAGGAGACGGUAGAGGGGGAGGGUUUGAGUUGUUCUAUGAUGAUGGGGCAGGGUCGGGUUUACGGCCUUUACCCGCUAGUAUAUCGGAGUUUCUACUCGGGUCGGGUUUCGACCGGCUUCUUGAUCAGUUGACCCAUAUUGAAUCUAAUGGUCUGGGCAGAAUCGAUGACCCGCCGGCUUCAAAAUCGGCGGUGGAGUCACUCCCGACGAUCGAGAUUGCCCAUCCCCACAUAUCCACCGAACCCCAUUGUGCUGUUUGCAAAGAAGCGUUCGAGCUUGGGAACGAAGCUCGUGAAAUGCCAUGUAAGCAUCUCUACCAUCCAGAUUGCAUUCUUCCAUGGCUCUCUCUUCGCAAUUCCUGCCCUGUCUGCCGGCACCAGCUGCCCACAGAUACCCAGAACGCUGGCGAGUUAAACCCGGGUAUGAACCAGACAGGAAUUGAUGAUGAUUCUAUUGGAUUAACAAUAUGGAGGCUGCCAGGUGGCGGAUUCGCAGUUGGGCGAUUUUCGGGUGGGAGAAGGGGUGGUGAAAGAGAGCUUCCUGUUGUGUAUACUGAAAUGGAUGGCGCUUUCAAUAACAAUGGCGUUCCAAGGAGAAUUUCUUGGGCGAGUAGUGGAGGUAGUGUAUCAAGGCAAAGUGGUGGCUUGAGAAGAUUUUUCUUUAAUGUAUUCUCAUGUUUACGCGGGUCUAGCUCUAGAUCAGGUUCAAGGAUCAUUCGCAGAAGCAGUUUGUUUUCCUCCGUAUUCAGUUCUGGUUCAAGAAGAAGGAGGCGAUUGGGUUUAUGAGGCCCGUAAUGGCGCUCAAGAUGGCACAGAACCAUUGUUAGGGAGAUUGACUCUGUAAAUAACUGGCUUCAGUGGGAAGUAAUCAAGUAAUUGUCUGUUCUUGGUUAAAGUAAAACCAUGGAUUUUCAUUUUCGCCAGAAAGAGCCUUAGCGAUGGAGGAUGUGUUAGAAGGUAAACAGCUCUAGUAGUGCCAGAGUAGCUUGCAAACUAAGUGCCCUUUGAUAAGGGUUACUUGGCCAAAUUUGUCAAAUUUUUUCAAAGGCGUUUGGUGAUAUUCUAAAUGCUACUUCUGUUUCAGCCAAAUAAGUAACUGAAGUAUUGCUUAUGCGACUGGUAAUCAGAAUGAGCAGAACAAGCUGAAGCUGAAUAAUGCUGCCAAACAGGGCAUACAGUUAUGCAUUUCCUUUUCAUGUUGCUUUCACCAUUGUAUGUCACUUGAUUUAUUUGUUUUUUAUAUUUAGUUGGAUUUAAGUCUAAAGAUACUAUAUUGUAUUCAGAUUACUAUGUUUGAGUGAAUUGAGUUUUGAUCUUCAAGGUUUGUGAUGCAC